ACGACAUAACGUUCGACCCUUAUUAUUAAACGGCAAGCUGUUUUGUUACGAAACGUCCAAUACGGCGUCGUUUUCAACCAAUACUGACCCGCAGAGAUUCUAGCGUCGCCUAGUUCUGGAAAAUUCAUCGCUCUCUUCGCACAUACCGAUACAAAUCUGCCACUGAAUGGUACAUCUGCUCCGACGUUAAACAAAAGAUGAGGAAACGCGAUUUGGCGAUUUUGAUGCUCUCUGGAUUUGCAAUCUUCUUCACUCUCCAGCAUGAGGGUGACUUUGCGUUCAAAGAAGCAUGGUUCCAUUUGUACGAUGAUUACCCAGUCAAACACGAAUCCGAUCGUCUUCCUCCUCCUCUUAUUACUGAUCUUAACGGCGAUGGCAAGAAGGAGGUCCUCGUCGCUACAAACGAUGCUAAAAUUCAGGUGCUGGAGCCUCACUACAGGCGUGUGGAUGAAGGUUUCAGCGAAGCACGUGUUCUUGCUGAGUUCUCCCUUUUGCCUGACAAGAUCCGUGUUGCUUCCGGGAGACGCGCUGUGGCCAUGGCCACUGGUGUUAUUGAUAGGUACUAUAAAGAUGGGACACCACAGAAGCAGGUUUUGGUCGUUGUUACCUCUGGUUGGUCUGUGCUCUGCUUUGAUCACAACCUUAAAAAGCUCUGGGAGACGAAUCUGCAGGAGGAUUUUCCACAUAAUGCACACCAUAGAGAGAUUGCAAUUUCGAUAAGUAAUUACACAUUGAAGCACGGGGAUACCGGUCUGGUUAUUGUUGGUGGACGGAUGGAGAUGCAGCCUUAUAAUCAUAUGGACCCAUUUGAGGAACUUGACAUUACAGAACGAAAUGCUGAGCAACACAGAAGAAGUGCUACUGAUAAACAGCCCUCUGAAGAUUCUGGAGCUGUAAACUUGCGUCACUUUUCUGUUUAUGCAUUCGCUGGCCGGACUGGUGUUCUUCGAUGGAGUAAAAAGACUGAUGAUGUUGAAGCUCACACCUCAGAUGCCUCACAAUUAGUUCCCCAACACAAUUACAAGCUCGACGUGCAUUCUAUAAAUAGCCGUCACCCUGGAGAGUUUGAGUGCAGGGAAUUUAGAGAAUCAAUUCUUGGUGUUAUGCCUCAUCACUGGGACCGACGGGAAGAUACAUUGUUAAAGCUUGCUCAUUUCAGGCGACACAAGAGGAAAACAUUGAAGAAGCAAGCUGGUAAGUCUGCAACUUUUCCAUUUCACAAACCUGAGGAACACACACCAGCUGGGAAAGACUUGUCGAGAAAGAUUCCGAAAUUGAUUGGGAAGGCUGCACGCUAUGCUGGCUCAGCAAAACCUAAGAAGGGCAUGCAAUACAUACCGACUAUUACUAACUACACUAAGCUUUGGUGGGUUCCUAAUGUUGUUGUGGCUCACCAAAAAGAAGGAAUUGAAGCUAUUCAUUUGCCGACUGGUAGAACUCUUUGCAAGCUUCAUCUGCUUGAAGGUGGGCUUCACGCAGACAUAAACGGAGAUGGUGUUCUCGAUCAUGUCCAGGCUGUCGGAGGCAAUGUUGGAGACAGAACUGUAGUUAGUGGAUCAAUGGAAGUGUUGAAGCCUUGCUGGGCAGUGGCAACCUCAGGCGUUCCCGUCCGUGAACAGCUCUUCAACGUCUCGAUAUGCCAGCACGCCCCCUUUAACUUCAUGCACUACGGAGAGUUUUCACGAAACUUUGCUCAGACAAGAGACACAUCAUCCUUGGAGAUUGCAACUCCCAUUCUCAUCCCCAGAGAUGACGGUCAUAAUAAACACAGAAGAGGAAGUCACGGCGAUGUAAUUUUCUUGACAAACCGUGGAGAGGUGACAUCAUACACGCCUGAUGUCCACGGCCGCGAGCCGCUCUGGCAAUGGCAGCUUCAGACAGACGCCACAUGGUCGAAUCUUCCGUCUCCAUCAGGUUUAACUGAAUCAGGGACAGUGGUCCCAACCCUGAAACCAUUCUCGUUGCGCAUUCAUGAUAACCAGCCUAUGGUCCUUGCCGGUGGAGAUCAAGUGGCAGUCAUCAUAUCUCCAGGAGGAAGCGUGUUAGCUUCCAUCGAGUUACCGUCGCAGCCAACUCAUGCACUUAUAACUGAUGACUUCUCCAACGACGGAUUAACAGAUGUGAUUGUGAUGACAUCAAAUGGUAUUUACGGGUUCGUUCAAACCAGACAGCCAGGGGCUCUGUUCUUUAGUUCGUUGGUGGGAUGUCUCUUAGUAGUAAUGGCAGUUAUUUUCGUUACUCAGCACUUAAACUCCGUCAAAGGUAAGCCUCGACCUUCCUCUGGCUUUUGAUAAAUAAAACCUCAGGGGGUUUUCUUCCUCUCUGCGGAAGUUGCACCGGUCACAUUAGCGGCGGCGCUUUACACACUGGUUUAGGUAUACCGGUGUAGAUUCGGUGUUUCAGCUUUGUAAUUUUAUUAAUAUACUUUUACAGAAUUCUGAAAGUGAAAACGGUAGAGGCGAAUGUAGGACUUUUUGUUUCUCUCAGUUUUAAUGUUUAAGUUGCAAUUGUUGCUGUGACAUUUAUUUAGUUAAGAGGUCUUGAAAAGAAAAAGAAAGUCUU